CUUAGGAAUAUUCUCUAAACAGGAUGAGUCUGUUUGAAUAAGGCAUUUCACGGCUGAGCUGUUAAAGGGGCCUACAAACAGUAUCUAGUCUGGUACAUAAACUGGGUAUAUAUGCUUUAAAUCGAAGAUGCUCUGCGCCCUGUUAGCGGUCCUCUGCGUUCUGCUGGAUACUGAAAGUGCGCAUUGUGCCAUCAGCAAGUGCACAGCCAACGCGUGUUUCAGUCUCCACACAGAAAAGGUAGAGUUUCAAAGAGCCGUCGCCAAUUGCUACGACAACGGCGGAUACUUGAUCACAGUAAGAGAGAAAAAUGAUUUGGAAGUAUUGAAGUCACUUCUCGCGUUAGCCGGGAAGCGUCCAGGGCUUGAAAAAGUCUGGAUAGGACUGAAGCUUUCUAAAGGGAGCUGUGUGCUCAGUGACGAGGUUCUGCACGGCUUCAGGUGGAUCUCUGGCGCGCCGGAUUCCUACUAUUCUAACUGGAUAAAGGAACCAAUGAGCACUUGUACUGAAGAGCGCUGCGUUUCGCUCUCUACUUCAACCAAGGAUCUUAAAUGGAGCGAUGGAUCUUGUAAAGCGCACGGACAUUAUAUGUGUGUGUAUUAUUUCAGGGGCAUGUGCAAACCUUUGUUAUUUGCAGGACCAGGAGAGGUUAAUUACACAGUUCCAUUUUUAAACGUGCCAAUUAAACAAGAUGGCAAUUUGGAUAUGUUUCCUCAUGCAACAAACGCUGAGAUAACUUGUGCUUAUGACAGUGAUAUGAAAAUUUCCUCGAUAUGUGAAGAAAAAGGGGCUCAUUUUGUCUGGGAAAAGCCCGGACCAUUUUGCGCCUCGGAUCUGCGAGAUUGCAAGAACAGAAACGGGGGAUGCGAUCAGCUUUGCUUCGAGGAUAAAACCGGAGUGCGUUGUGAAUGUAAGAAGGACUAUUACCUCGGCGACGAUAAAGUAACAUGUUUCCUUAAAGACCCCUGCCGCAAUUCACCUUGCGAACACGAAUGCACGCCAAAUCCGAUCGGGUUCGUAUGCACGUGUCUUGACGGCUUUGAUCUUUCCAAAGACAACGUCAGCUGCGGUGAUGUUGACGAAUGUACCCAGGACAUUUGUAACGGUCAUAUAUGUCACAAUAAACAAGGGGGUUAUGAAUGUGAAUGCAAGAAAGGCUUUAAGGAAGUUAAUGGUAUGUGCCAGGACAUAGACGAAUGCGCAGAAUCGGUGUGCGCACAUCGCGCAAAGUGUCUCAAUUCCGAGGGUUCGUUCUCGUGCUACUGCUCUCCUGGCUUUAGAAAGUAUGAAGAUCAGUGUGUAGAUGUGGACGAAUGUCUGAGUCGGCCCUGUGAAGGUAUAUGCAGCAAUACGGACGGCAGCUACACGUGUUCUUGUAGCCCAGGCUUCCGCUUAGCUAAGAACGGCAUCAGCUGUGUUCCAGACCAAACGCGCACACGUCAUUCCGAAAUAUUGUUAACUACAAGAUUUGAUCAGCUGGGAAUAACCACCGUCACGCCACGUUUAACCGACACAACUGCGGAAUCGCAUAAAAGCGUGCGCAAAGAUGGCUCAGUUGUCGGUUCUUGGAUAUUGGUGUAUGCCUUGAGCUCGAUAAUCCCCUUAGUCCUCCUGAUUACACUCACUGUGGUUAUUGUUAUUCACCGUUGGAAUCGCUCACGCAAAGACGCUAAGAAGAAAAGCGCCACUGCAGACAGCUACUGCUGGGUAUCUUCUGGAUACACAAAUCACUUAGAAAUGCAGAGGAACAGAAUCUACUGACAGCGCUAAACUUAUUAUAAUGUAUAAUGGACAACAUUAGACCAGAAAAAACUUCACUGUUGUUUUGAUUUUGCUUUUCACACUGUCACUUGUACUUUGAAUUCUUUGUGUGUGUGUAUGUGUAUAUAUAUAUAUAUAUAUAUAUAUAUAUAUAUAUAUAUAUAUAUAUAUAUAUAUAUAUAUAUAUAUAUAUAUUAAUCAAUAAGACUUGACAUUUGAUACAAGAUAUUCUUAAUGUCUCAAUGAACUAAAUCAGACCAACUCGCCUUUCAUGAAUAACGCUUUAUAACCUGUUAUGGCCUAAUGAUUUUUAAAAUGAUGCUUGUAAAUGUAUAAACGUACUCUCUCUCUCUCUCUCUCUCUCUCUCUCUCACACACACACACACACACACACACACACACACACACACACACACACACACACAGAGAGAGAGAGAGAGAGAGAGAGAGAGAGAGAGAGAGAGAGAGAGAGAGAGAGAGAGAGAGAGAGAGAGAGAGAGAAAUGACCCCUAGUGGUUCUCUAGGGACCUUUCACAACAGGGAACAGGGAGGGAUAGUUAUCAUUAGCGACGAAGUUAUGGCGAAUUCAGAGAAACAGGAAAUGUCUAAUAUUUAAAGCAAAAAAUGUCUUAUUGUGAUGACACGCGGUAUGUUCGGCCAACGAUUCCGAUCGCAUCGAUGUGCCUAUUGUGAGU